AUGAUUCCUGCAACCUACCCAGGGGCUAUUUCAGGCUCAGCAUUGACGCAGGCAUUUAUCUCUGAUCAGCUUCAGAAGAUAUCAAAUUCCCCUGCUUCGACAAACGAGAAGAAUCUACUCCAAGCCACCAUCUUAUAUGCACCAUCCAUGCGUGGCAAGCUUAAUAUUGCAUGGGCAGUAAAUGAUGUUGAACUGGAACGAUUGACUGACCUCGCAAAGUACUACUGGACCAACAUAAUUGUGCCUGUUAGGUCCGCCGGAGGGAGAACACCAGCCCCCAGCAGUCAUCCCUUUCAUGACCAUUUUGAACUGACCAUGACACUUGAGUCUGCGAAGUGUCUUAGUACCCUGAAGGUCAGGCUCAUGCAGGCUCUGGUGUGCAAUGGGUACAAAUGCGUCAUAACCGGGAAAGUAGAUUCGAAGCAUGCAUCUCAAGUCACGACCUUAACGGGCUUGGACAAGACAGAAGCAGCGCAUAUUAUGCCUUUCAGUCUGAAUAACUUCGAGGAGAUGAAUGUCCCGAUGGUGUGCUACAAUAGACUAAUGCUCAGUUCAACUGCAAUAUGGACAGCCUUGCAAACAUUCUCUGGUCAUAUACUGGACGGUCUCAAGGGAAAUGGCAUCAACUCUCUGGAGAACGUGCUUACCCUUGAGGCUUGCAUGCAUCAGAUGUUCAGUGAGCUUGUACUGGCCCUUGAACCCAUAGAGGCAAAACCCAACGUUUACUGCAUUCUCACUUGGGAUUACGUGACAGAUUCUCGAGAAUUUCUACCUGAAGUCAUCACUUUAAAUUGCAUUUUCAUCCCCCAUAUGCAUGGUCUUGUUUCGUUCAGCCCAACCUGGACUACUUGUCAUGCCUCAAUAUGUAAGGUUCUUCACACGUCUGGCCAUGCAAAAGAGUUGGACAGAAUUCUCGAGGACCUAGACGACGGUGGAAUAUCAGCUCUCUCACAUGACAGUAGCAUGGCAGAUUUGCUUGAGGUGGUUCUGCUAACGGCUGUUGCAGUAAGUUGA